AUGGAAUGUUUUGUUAUGUGUCUAUGGGUUGUGAUGUGCAUCAUCAUCCUCUUAACAAGUUGGUGGUUUCUGUGUGGAAAGAAGAAGAAUAAGGUGACAAAGGGUAAAAUUCCAAAAGGGAAAUCUGGUUGGCCUUUACUUGGAGAGACCCUUGAUUUCAUUGCUUCUGGCUACACCUCUCGCCCUGUCACCUUCUUGGAAAAGCGCAAGUCUCUGUACGGGAAUGUGUUUAAGACGAGCAUUUUGGGAAGCAGUGUGAUAGUGUCGACAGACCCGAAUGUUAACAAGGUGGUUCUGCAUAAUCAGGGGAACAUCUUCGUCCCUGCUUAUCCAAAAUCAAUUAGAGAAUUAAUGGGAGAACACUCUAUACUACAAAUGAACGGCAACAUGCAUAAGAAAGUUCAUGCACUCAUCGGAGGGUUCUUGCGAUCGCCACAACUCAAAGCUCGAAUCACCAGAGACAUUGAACACUCUGUCAAACAAUGCUUCGCUUCUUGGACCCACCAACCAAUCUACGUUCAAGAUCAAGUCAAAAAGAUUACAUUUACUAUUUUGGUUAAAGUUCUGAUGAGCGUUGGCCCUGGUGAAGAUUUGGACUUCCUGAAGAGAGAAUUUGAAGAAUUCGUCAAAGGGUUGAUUUGCUUACCCUUCAAGUUUCCAGGAACAAGACUAUAUAAAUCCUUAAAGGCUAAGGAAAGGAUGGUGAAGAUGGUGAGGAGGAUAGUAGAAGAGAGGAAGAAAUUACUUAUAGAUAAUAAUGCAGAUGAUGAUGAAGUGAAAGAUGUAGUGGACGUACUCUUACGGGACAAGGGUGACUCACACUAUAGCUCAAGCCUUACAUUGGAAAUGAUUAGCCAAAAUAUCAUAGAGAUGAUGAUUCCAGGGGAGGAGACCCUUCCUACGGCUAUGACCGUGGCCAUCAAGUUCCUCAGUGACAACCCUCUUGCUCUAUCCAAGCUCUUGGAGGAGAACAUGGAAUUGAAAAGGCAGAACAUUAAUUGCUCAGAUGGUUAUGCAUGGACUGAUUACAUGUCAUUGCCAUUUACUCAAAGUGUCAUCAAUGAAACUCUUAGAAUGGCCAAUAUUGUCAAUGGCAUUUGGAGGAAAGCUGUCAAAGACGUAGAAAUUAAAGGGUACCUAAUUCCGAAGGACUGGUGUGUUAUGGCAUCUCUUACCUCUGUUCACUUGGACAGCAAAAACUAUGAAAACCCUUUUGAUUUUGAUCCAUGGAGAUGGGAGAAAAUUGGAGCUGUGGCUAGUAACAACUGCUUUACCCCAUUUGGUGGUGGACAUAGACUAUGCCCUGGGUUAGAACUAUCCAGGCUAGAGCUCUCUAUCUUCCUUCACCAUCUUGUUACUACUCACAGAUGGGUCGCUGAGAGGGAUGAAAUAAUCUACUUUCCAACAGUAAAGAUGAAGAGGAAGCUCCCAAUUAUUGUGCAACCCAUUAUCACUUGAUUGGAAUAUUGGAUUAGACCAUCAAGAAAUUCGAC